CAACAAAGGGUUCGAAACUAUGAUAGUAAAUUUUGAUUAUUCUUUAGUAAAUUUAUUUAAAAGAUUUCUUGUUAAUUAAGCAUAGUUAUGUGGUUUAUUAAGCAUAGUAAGACAGGUGAAAUUUUAAACAUAAAUCAAGAGAAAACAACAAUUGGCAGACUUGGAACUACUCAUGUCAUUAAAAACGAUGAAUCGAUUAGUCGUAAGCACUGUACAUUCUUGUUGAAGCAAAAUGAAUUGAGAAUUAUUGAUGACGGUGCAAAAUAUGGCACAACAAUCCAAAAUGAUCAAAUCAAAAAAGUAUCAAAAGAUCCAGUGACAUUGAAAGAUGGAGAUAAGGUGCAAUUUGGCUGUUAUGAAAACAUCUGGGAGAUUCAUUGUAAGGAAGAAGCAAGAGCAGGAAUUAAGAGAAAAUCAGAUGAUGCUGAAGCUAUUGAGAAUAGCUUAUCAGUAUCGAAUAUUUCAAAGAAACCAAAAGAGAAUCCAAUCAAUGCGAAAAUAAUUGAUAAGUUUGAUGUUAUUAUUGAUUCUGACGAUGAUAUUCCCAGUAAAGGAAGUAGAAGCGCUGGUCUUCGAAAGAAUCUCAUUAAUUAUUCCGAAGAAAUUGCUCCAAGCACAUCAAAGAACAAAGCAGCAGAAAAUAAGAGCAAGAAAGUAAUUAAAGGUGACGAGAAACCAAGUCAAAUCGAUAAAAAAGUUGAGCGACAGCAAGAUAAUGUUGAAAUUUCUGAAGAACCACAAAAAGCUGCAAAAGAAUCAGUUCGCUCCCAAAUAGUUUAUGAUGAUAGUGACGAAGAUAUCUUCUCACCGUCACAUGAAGAAAACUCGAAAAAAUCUAAUAGUGGAACUAAUAAUAGGAAAAUGGUUAUUGAAUCUGAUGACGAUCUUAUGGCAUUUAAUGUUCCAAUGAGGGCAGUAAAUACACGAAAGAGGCCCACAAAUGACAUUGAAGACAGUGGGAUUAGCAAGAAAGUUCUCAAGACAGUCAAGAGUUCCAAAACUUCAAACGAGAUUAAGAAAAUUGUGCCUCAACGAUCUACAAAGAAAGUGUCAAGCGACGAGGUAGACAAAAACAUUAGUUGCGCACCAGUAAACACAUCACAAAUCUCGCGAAAGCGAGACCUUGAAGAUGGAGUUUUCAAUUUUGAUGAUUUGCCCAAUAAGCAUCAAAUUAAAAAGCCUAGAAAUGCAAAAAAGAAUGAAAACGGCAGUGAAGAACUCACAUUAGCUGCAUCAACCUCUUCAGUUAAAUCCUUUUCAUUUAAAACAUCAAAGAUAUCUGAUAAGAAAGUGUUUGAAAGUUUCGAUUAUAAAAUUGAUGAAGAUUGUGGUUCGUGGCUUUCAACAAGAGUGUCUAAUAUAAAAGUCAAGGAUGAGACACAUGAUGAAAUGGACCAUUCAGCCAAUAAUAGUAUUGAUUCUCACUACAGCAUCAAUGUUAACAUCAUUCGAAAAGACAUCACUUUAGAUACAACUUGCGAGUCAAAAAAGAGUUUCCGCAAGCAAAAAUUCCUGGAAUCCAAUCAAGUUGUGACAUUGAAGAAGCUUAAUGUUAACGAGAUGAAUUAUUGCUAUAGCAAGAAAGAGGAAGAAUCUGCAGAUGACUGGUCAUAAGAACAUCUGUUAAGCGUUUACUUAUCACACAUGUGGGUUUAUAUAAAAUAUUAAAAUGUUUCCUUUUUUUAACAAAGAAAAAAUCAAAAUAGGAUCAUUCAUUUAAAACGUCAAUUUUUUUUCAAAUGGGAAAUAAAAUAAUUUUUAGUACAGAGAAAUUGAAACAUUUAUAGGGUAAAAAUUGACGACAAAAAUGUCACAGAUAAAAUCCUAAAUUUUGUAAAAGAAAUAAAUUUGUACGAUAAAAUUUAACACCAAAACACAUAAUAUCCUGUAAUGCAGUUCGUAUUUAUAAAUUUAAAAUAAUGUAAAACAUAUUUGGAAUUGAAAAUGGUCUUAAAAU